UUAAACUUUUUUUUUUUAAAUUUCAUAAUGCAUAUUUCAUUCUUUUGUUGUUUAUUUAGGAUUUUUUAAAAAAGUAUUUGUUUCCUAUUUAUUCAUUAUUUUUCAUUAUCGUUCGCCACAGAAAUGUCGAAUCAUUUUCAGAGCGAUUUUUUUUUUUUUUUUUUUUUUAGCGGAUGAACGAUAAAAACACUGAAAGCCAAUCAGAAUCCUUCAUACUUUAAAUCGCGCGCGCUUUCAAUAAAUCGACCGUUUGUCGGUGUGGACGCGUCGUGAAUAUACGUAGUUAUCAUUAUAGUUAUUGUUCUUGGUGUGAACGGGUCUUUUAUACUCGUUAUUUGAUAAAACAUGUUUUGUUUAUCUCUCUCUCUCUCUCUCAGGCGCGUGAUUCGCUCAUUCGCCGUUCACAGUCCGGAUCUCCCGUUCACAGAUGCCGUGAACGCGGCCGUUCAGGAGUGGAGGAAAAUCUCAAACUUUGAACGCGAGCAAUAUUACAUAAAUGCCAGGAUUUAUUAACAUUAUGAUUAAUAAUUAACAUUUAUAAAACGUAUUUAAUUAUAGCUACAAUAAUUGUGUAUUGAUUUAGUGCUGUUUGGAGGAUAACAUUUUUGGGAAAUUGAGUUUUUAAAAAGGUCACGUGUGUAAAGAAAGCCUAUAUAUAGAAUAUAAAGGCACAAAUUUACUAAUAUCAGUAUCAUUAUGUUUGGAACACAGACAUGAUGAUUUGUGUUUGUUUUUGAAAGUGUGCAGUUCAAAUCUGCAUUCUUCAGCAGUGAGCAACUGUUUCAGAUGGAGAACCAAAGUUCAGCACAGCCUUUUUCACCUCUUCUGCCACUCCAUGAGGAUAACGAGGCGCUGCUUAACUACGAACGAACACAUCCAGAAGAGAGGAGUGUAACCGACAGGCCUCUUCAAGAGGAUCAGACUGAAUCACAACCAGUCAGAAUGGACGAUUCGCAAUGUUUUGAUGCUGGAGACGUGUUUCUUGUGCCAGAAACACCUGCUGAUUCCCAACUGAAGCUGAUGCGAUCAAUGAAACCUUCUCAAACAUCUGUUCGUUCUCCUCAGACGCUUCAUUCGCUUCAGUAUGAAGAGCUUGAGGAAAGUCGUCAAUGGUAUCGACCAGCAUUUGACUCUGAAGAUCCUGGAAGAUCACAAAACCUUCAUUUCCCAACAUCAAUCCAUCAAUCAGUUCCUCAGGAGGAACUAAACCGCAUCCCACAGUUCAGUGAAGACCGCCAACCUCCAUCUACUCCUAUAAAUGUCAAACCAGUAACUCUUUUCACACAUAUUAACCCUUUCCACGCACCUCAUCUUAACCCUUCGUGGCCCGUUCUAGUACCUCAUUUCAACCCUAUAGCUCCAGCGCCUCAUCAGAAUCCAUUCUGCCCCAUUUACACACCUCCGCUACACUUUAACCCAAACCGCACCGCUCUAGUGGCUUGUGGGGAUUCGGCCGUCUCCUGUCUAGUGCUUCAACCGCACAUGAACGUUUACCCUGUUUAUCCCACACCAUACCUGCAUUCAAACACACAGAGUCCCUCACAGGCCUCGCUCUCCAGCGAUUCCUCGGCUAGACGGUUUCCUGAAGAUGUGUGUGACUCGUACGGACUGUGGCGGAGGCUGUGUGAGACGGCGAAGGGCUUCAGCUCCGGCAGUCCAGACACUGAGGCUCUGGCGUGCUUCUUCAUGCGCGUGAUUCGCUCAUUCGCCGUUCACAGUCCGGAUCUCCCGUUCACAGAUGCCGUGAACGCGGCCGUUCAGGAGUGGAGGAAAAUCUCAAACUUUGAACGCGAGCAAUAUUACAUCAAUGCCAGGAUGUUCAUUGAGUUGGAAGAUCAGGUCAAGAGCGCCAACAGAGCAGAUGAAGAUCAGUCGAUUCCUGCUCAGACAGGUAAUGUGAAGAAAACAAGAAAAAGAUCUAAUAAGGUCGUCCAAGAGCGGCCGGUUCAAGAUCUCGCCGAGAGCGCGCUGACGGAAUACUCACAGGUCAUGGACGCUCUAGAGUCAAAGGUCAGCGGUGGGUCAGAGGUCACCGAAGCCGAAGAGGAGGACGUGUGUGCGCUGUACCUCAACCAGCUCUUCAACCACAGUGAAUUUACGACUGAGGCUGGUUUCGACGUGGACUACAUCAGCUCUCUUCUCUCCGCAGAUCACAGCCUCACAGACGACCUUAAGGAAAAUUCCCAGGAUGUGUUCUCCGGUAUUAUUCCGGAGCCAGUCGCCGGCUGCUCCAAUUGGAUUGACACUACGGUUUCUGAAGCACAGGUUCUGCCAUCAUCCGCUUCACAAUGUGAUUUCAGCACAAAUCUUCAAGAUCACAUGAUGCAGAAUGUAUUUCAGAUGUCCACACCACCGGAAUUAGUGUGGUUACAGGAUAACGUCGUGGAAAAUGACAGCCAGAAUGCAUUUCAAACAUUAACCGAGGCCCAAAGUUCAGAUCAAAGCUUUUCUGUUCAAGAAACGAUUCAUUCUGCUCUCCAAGACUUCGGUCCAGAAGCUGAUGGAAACUCUUCAGGACAAAAAGACAAGACUUCGUACGUUGCUGAACUUGAUUCUACCGUCCACUCCAACUGCUUCAGUCUUCAAAACUACAAAUCCCAUCAUGCAACAAUUACUCAUUCCAUAAAACAUCCCAAAACCCCUGCGAAUGGUGGAAUGGAGCAUGAUGGAGAGGAAAACAAGGUAGUUGGACAAAAAACAGUAAAAAGUACAAAGGAGAAGGGUAACGUGGAUUCGGACAUUCCCAACGAUUCUCAGAGAGUGAGAAAUAAUGCAACAGAAACACAGACAAGCAUAAAGGAGAUGUCCGAGGAAAAGAACGUAAACCAAAAUAAAAAACAGAAGAGACGACGUAGAAGACGGAAGCAGCGAAAGAUCACAACGCUCAAUGAGAGAACAACCCUGAAAACAGACGAUAAAGACAGAAGGAGGCCAAAAACAGACCAAAGGCACAGAAAGACUCAAGACGGUCAACGAAGAUCAGCAACCUCAACGAAAAACGAAAUAAUCGUAGAAAGAGAGCAGCGUACGGAUGUGACCGAGACGAGAUCCUCCGUGAAGGACGGAAGGAGAGGGAAUCUACGGCAACAUGAUGGACAGAAGACAGGAGAAAAUUUGCAAGACGAGUUAGAGAAACGCCAAAGGCCGAUAAAAACGGGCAGAUCUCACGAAGCGAACAAAGAGAGAAGAUGAAUGAUGGAAGCAGAAAGAAACAAUGGAAAUAUAUAGACGGGCAGAGAGCGGACGGCCAAAAAAGCAGCAAAAAUUGGCCAUUGUAGGGAAUGGUGAUUUUCAAUCGCACGAGAGCAGCACGUACACGAGACGCAGCCAAAACUCGUACAAACGACAAACAAAGAGGGCUGAGAAGGUUCAAAAACAAAAGAAGGUGGACGGACAUAACGAAAAAAACCCACUUGAGACAUAAUAAAGCAUAUAAAUGAA